GGAGUGUUUCUUAGGAUGAAAUACAUGUCCGUYUUUUCUGAAACUGCAACGGUCGACGAUCCGCWGGUCCGCGUUUACGGAUCGUCAAUGAAUGCUUUGUWUGGCUACGGUUCGCGACCUCGUCCCCGAGGAACCGCGAUUGUCACAAGAUCUGGACGUGUGGUUGGACAUCAUGCUUAAGCGAAAAGAAGGGAGACGAGUGAGAGGCUUGUGUGCUGCCGAACAUAGCAGAGGGUGGUCGAACCAUUCGAGGUCGAAAUGGUUCAUCGACUGGUGCUGUGGAGACGCUUCCAACCCCACUGCGCAGCCAUGUGGUCCUGUCAUCUUCAUCGAUGAUAGCAGAAGGYGUAGAGUGCUUGGUGCCAUCUUGCGGUGGGAGGACGCAAAGGGGGGCCGGCGACAUUUCUAUACGCAGAAAGUUUAUGGCGCCAAGGGCAACGUCGUUCCCAAUUCGAAAGGGACAUUGUUGGACCUCGAAUUGUGUGAUGGGUUCGGAGCGGGUGCUGUGAACACCCCGUUCUACAGAGAACUCGUUCUCGGGGGCCGUUUUGUUUUGGCGCGUGAAUUUUUCGACAUGUUGGAGGACAAAAACAUCGCUCUAGAUGUCCCCUGCAACGUCAACCCAUCCCUGGAUCUGUCGUUGCCGUUGAAGCUGUGCAGCGGUUGCGAGUCAAGCGGGGCAGGGGCGGAGGGCGGUGAUCUGGGUUCUGGUCCCGCCACUCAGCUGCACCGUGGCGAGAGCCGAGGUCAGUUCGACGACAGCGAGGAUGAGGGGACUGCUCCGCCGUUGAGUGACACGCGGCGGUCUGUGUUGUCUAUUCUUGGGGUUCAGACUGAUGCUCCUGUUCAGCGGAAGAGUACGAGGCCUGCAGUACACGUGGCGGCCUAUUCGGAGGUCGACUUGGAGGCGAGCGAGGGACAGGGUGUGGAGGAGGUGGACGCGGGAGGCCUGGGCUCGCAAGGAGCUCCGCAAAAGAGGAGCGGGGAUCGUCCAGAUGAGUUCGCCGGUUCUACGAAGAAGUUAAAGAGCAAGGCCCCCAGGACUGCGGGGGAGAAACACAAGGGGACCGAGGGGGAGCAGGGUCGGCAGGUUGCCAAACGACCGUCUUCGAGACAGAAGCAGCCCGAGUCUGGACCGUCUUCUCCACCGACAACAGGGACUCCCAUCGACGUCGAGGCCGGGUACUUCCUCGAGUACAAAGACGGCGUUCGGACAAAGCGGGAGUUCGACAUUAGCCCUGCGCAGGUCGUCGACCUCGGGGACUGGGAGGACCUGUACAACCAGCAGUCCCUGGAUCCCGUGCUCGUGGAAGGGAUCAAGGAAGCGAUGCGGUUGGCGUUCGAAAACAAAGCGCAGUCUUACGAUUUACCAACCCUGAAACUGGCACCGCUGGGGCUUGAUAAACCGACUCCGGGGACCAGGGCAGAACGUCAGAGACCGGAGGAUUGGAGGGAUGAGCUGGCGGGAUAAUACUACUACUACGCGGUGUGUGGGCAGCACAACGCGGCUGCAGCGAGGUCG